AUGAACCGCUGCAACCGGUGUGGGGAGAGGAGCGUGGUCCUCGACCCCGCCUGCGGCCUCCGCGUCUGUAGCUCCUGUGGCGUCGAGCAGUGCGCCAACAACUUUCAGUCCCAGGCCUUCACCUCCGGUGGCCACCCCACGGGGGUCAUCGUCCAAUCAAUCGGCGUAUCGAGCACCAGAGAACGGAAGAUCUACCUCGCCGACACCGAGAUCGGAAAAAUCACCUCCAGUAUCGGCCUCUCCGCCGCCCGCUCCGCCGAGGUACGCGCCAUGGUCUCCGAGGUCACAGAGGGCGAGUUCGGCGCCGGCAACUGGUUCCCGGUCCUCGUCGCCGCCUGCAUCUGCAUCACCAUGCGGAAGAACCGCCUCCCCCUCUCGAUCGCGGAGGCCGCGGCCUCCAUUGGACGCGACACCCGUGAUGUCGGCCGGAUGGUGACGCGCGUCUGCCAGUUCCUGAACCUCCGCCAGCUCCCCGAGUUCGACAUUCUGCAGCACCUGGAGAGGACGGUGAGGCGUUGCCCUAGCCUUGCCGGAGUCGAUGAGGAGAAAGCGGAGGAGAUGCUGAAUCAAGGGAGAUUUCUUCUUCAGUGCGCCGUGAAGUGGUUCCUCUCCACAGGGCGGCAGCCUCUCCCACUGGUUGCUGCGGUGACAUCGUUUGUCGCAGAGGUGAACGGUGUGGCAGCUAAUUUGGAGGAGAUUGCAGACUAUAUCUAUGCUAGGCCUGCAACCUGCAAGCUGAGGAAGAGGGAGCUACUGAUGACUCUGGUCAAGGUCGCCAAGGUGCUGUUGCCCUGGGGAGAGGAUGUUACAGCCAAGAACAUCUUCCAUAAUGCUCCCUUACUGUUAAAAUGCAUGGAAAGGAAAUCAAAGGACGGAGCCUUGGAUCUGGGUCAGUUUGGUUCCGGCUUCCAACCCAUCGAGGAUGAUGUUUCGAGGUAUUUAAUUAUUGCUGCUGGUGAUGGUUUGCAGCCCGUCGAGGAGAUGGACAAAGUUAAACUCUCAGCAGAGUGCUUGUCCCAUGCUUAUGGGAAAGCAUCGCUGCUUUCCAAGGCUGUGGAGCCGUCAGGGGAGUCUGAGAAGAGUCUUGUGAGGAAGAGGAACAGAGAGGACAUGCUUCGUCUUUGCUUUACCAGUUAUGGUGGUAUGUCAAGUGAGGAUCUCUCACUCGAGCAGAUAUUGGAGAGGGAUGUGGGGUAUGAUCCUCCUCCCCCAUCCUUUCUGGCUGGGCUCGAAGCACGGCAGAGGAGGAAGGAGAAAAUAGCUGCAGCAAAGCAUCGGAUUAGGAAGGCUAUAAGGCCAUCUUCUGAUAAUUCAGGCAGAAUGCAAUGCCAUCUUCCCCUGGAUAGAAAAGGGGCCAAGAAGAGGCGUAGGCAGGGAGCUGGUGGCAUUGAUUGGGAGGAUUGUAUGAUUGAGCUCCUCCUCCUCCACCGUGCAAAUGAGGAAGAAAUUGAGCACGGCCAUUACAGGAGACUAAUGGAUCUGCAUGUGUUUACCUCUAUGAAUACAUACAACUGA